AUGGAUGUCUUCUCCCCAUCCCAGAUUUUCUAUGACAGCGCCUGUGCCUCCUCGCCAGAGGACCUGGACUUCGGCCCCGGGGAACUGGAUGGCUCAGAGGAGGACGAGCACGUCCGGGUCCCUGGGACUCCUCACCAGGCGGGUCACUGCCUUCAGUGGGCCUGCAAGGCCUGCAAGCGUAAGUCCAGCACGGUGGACCGGCGGCGGGCUGCCACCAUGAGGGAACGACGCCGGCUGAAAAAGGUGAACCACGGCUUCGAGGCUCUGAGGCGCUGCACCUCAGCCAACCCCAGCCAGAGGCUGCCUAAGGUGGAGAUCCUGCGCAACGCCAUCCAGUACAUCGAGAGCCUCCAGGAGCUGCUCCAUGAGCAUGUGGAGAACUACUACGGCCUUCCUGGGGAGAGCAGCUCAGAGCCUGGGAGCCCCUCGUCCAGCUGCUCCGACAGCAUGGUUGACUGUAACAUUCCUGUUGUGUGGCCUCAGAUGAACACAAGCUAUGGCAACAACUACAGUUAUACUAAGAAUGUGAGCUCUGGAGAGAGAGGUGCUGGUGCCUCCAGCCUGGCCUGCCUGUCUAACAUAGUAGAUCGCCUCUCCUCGGUGGAUGCCAGUGCCCCAGCAGGGCUCAGAGAUAUGCUUACCUUCUCGCCCUCCAGCACCGACUCCCAGCCUUGCACUCCAGAAAGCCCCGGGACCAGACCUGUGUACCACGUGUUGUGA